CGGCCAUGUUUGAUUUGCCCCACAAAAUUGGUGACAUCGGAACUUCAGGGAAAUUGCCUCUUUUUUUCGAUUUUUGUCCUGAAAAUGAUUGAAUAUCUCAAAUUUAUGCCACUGACACCAAUAGGAAUAAGGAUGGUUUGAUAAUCGAUAAUCCAGUUCCAAAACAAAUCUAGUCCCAGGAUCUUUCUUCUGACAAUCUCCAACUAAAGCCAAAGAUAACAUCAAUCCAGAACCAACAUGUCUGACCAUUAUAACAAUCACAACCGCCAUCCGGCGGACCAGUUCCCGAUGAUCCCCAUGAAUGAUGACCGCUUCAGCCCAACUGCAAAACCUAUGGUCGUGAAGACAGACAGUAAGGGAUCAGCCAGGAAUGAAAUCGCAGACAAUGUGGAACGGGAGAAUCUCUUAAACAACGAACCAGUUCAUGUUGAGCCAAGCUGGGAGGCACAUCAUGUGGAGUACCAACCAAAAGCCCCGGAACCUCCCGCGGAUCGCCUCUAUCUCGUCUACUUUAUCAUGGUCUUGAACGGAAUCGGAGUACUCAUGCCAUGGAAUAUGUUCAUUACUGCAAACUCAUAUUUUGUCGACUAUAAACUGAGCCCAGCAGUCAACCCGAAUGCCACAUUCGUCAACGAGUCAUGUCAUGGUCCCCAGACUGAGACGGAGGCACAUGAGUAUCAGAAGAACUUCAUCAGUUACCUGGGAAUAGCCUCCCAACUGCCGAAUGUGGCGCUCAAUAUGGUCAAUAUCUGUGCGCAGUGUGACUUGGGUAACAUAUCACGUCGUAUAAUUGGUAGUAUUUUGAUUAUGAUAGCAGUGUUUGUAGUCACAGUGGUGCUGGCUAUGGUUGAUACAAGUGCAUGGCCAUUCUAUUUCUUCAUAAUCACCAUGAUAUCUGUUGUCGUCAUCAACAUGGCGACUGGUGUGUACCAGAACAGCGUGUUUGGUCUAGCUGCCUCACUGCCAAUGAAGUAUACCAAUGCUGUUGUUCUCGGCUCAAAUAUCAGCGGGACGUUGACAUCAAUAAUUGCGAUUGUCUCAUUAGCCAGUUCGCCAAACCCUCGCACAGCUGCCAUAUACUACUUCCUGUCUGCCAUAUUGAUUCUCUUGAUCGACUUCGAUACGUACUUUAUGCUUCCCCUCCUGAGAUUUUACCGAUUCUAUCAGAAGCAGAGUCAAGAGGUUGCCAAGAAAAAGGCAGAAACGCAGUCUCCACAGUGCUGUCCAGCAGGGAAACUCCUCUCUGUUGUGAGACAGUGUGCCGUGCACUUCCUGAACGUGUGGCUGACCUUUUUCGUGACCUUGACCUGUUUCCCAGCUAUUCAGGUCAACAUCCCAAAAACAGACGGCUCAUUCUUCACACCUGAGAAAUACUUCAUUCCAGUUGCCUGCUUCUUGAUCUUCAAUAGUUUUGCUGUCCUCGGCAACCUCCUCACCGAGGUCGUCAAAAAGCCGGGACCCAAGUACCUCUUCAUCCCUGUUGUACUGCGAAUCUUAUUCAUCCCCCUCUUCAUGAUCUGCAACUACAACCCCAAGUAUCGCUCGUUUCCCGUCUUCAUCUUCAAUAACUACAUCUACAUGACAAUCAGCAUUCUCCACGCUCUCAGUCACGGCUAUUGUAGUAGUCUCUCCAUGAUGUAUGCUCCACGUGAGGCCAAAGAGGGAGAUGCCGGUACUGCUGCCAUGGUCGCUGCUUUCUUCCUCGUCCUCGGAAUCUUCUGCGGGGUCAACUUCUCAUUAUUCAUCGCGUGGUUCACGGAGUCCAUCGGACACUGGAUCCAGUCGGACUACGCUAUGAACUUGAAUGUUACACUUAUUGUCAAUGAAACUCUAAGUGAUUGUAAUUAGAUGAUAGAUGCGAUGAAACAAUUUGUAACGAAGCAAAACCAUGUUGAUCUGUAUCCGCCGCCGUCGUAUCAAAACCAUUAAUGGAUUUGUGAAAGAACGUCAAUGAAUUGUGUGAGAUGAUUUGAGGUGUGAGGGUUGUGUCCAAGAAAAUGAUACCAGUUGCUGUUACUGCUUAAAUAGCUGUAAUAGCAUUCCAAUCAAAACCAGUUGGCCAUAUUAAUGGUAAGGUUGAAUCCUCGAGACAUGGGGCGGUAUGAAAUGAGACUAAUGUUAAGUGCAGGUGGGAUAUCUCAUAAGAGUUGAUUAACUAUGGUUAUCAAACAAAACCAAAGAAAUAGCAGUCCAAACUGCUGUAUGUGCACUGCCCAUGCACAGGGUAAAGUAGGUGGGUAAUUAAAAAAGAGUGAUUGUCCCACCGAUAUGACUAGUCUAUACCAUAGCGCAGUGUCCGUCAUCACUGUCAUUCGGCAAGUUUAUUUUACCGACAAUAACAAUGAUUUGACUGUGGCACCUCUAUCACCAAGUAAGGAGAGUAGAUGUUCAAGGUUCAUGACCCUAUUAGUUGUUGUCACUUGUUGCAUACUUGGUCCCAAUUCACUCAUUGGUAAGUGUGCCUACCGAAUCUUUGAUAAUCAAUUUUACUACAGCAUAUAGUGCCAUUGAGUAGAAAAAACCAUUGCCUCUCCAUUGCAGCUCAACCAAAGAAGUUUCAUUCCUCCUGUUUUUUCACUUGAGGAUAGGUAGCUAUUUCAAUCGGUUCUUCAGUCUCGUAUCACACAGACAUGUGGAUAUUAAUUUGAAAACACAGGCAACUUGAUAGUUCUUCAAAGUGUUUGUCAAUAGUCAUGAAAUCUGUUUAGAUAUUGUUAUCAUAUAUUCAUGUUUCUGCCUGUAUGUUUUUACAGAUUUGUUCAGCUUAGAAUUCAAGAUUAGUGUCAGUAAUUUGUUUGUAAUUUGUAUUUGAAAGUAAAUGAUUUCAGAAAUCGGCAUUUUUUGAAUGUUGCAAGUAAAUAAACAUCAUUCGUUUAUGUUUAAUUUGAAUUUGAUUUUUUCAAGAGAGUUGAAUCAAUUCUUGAUUAGGAUAUGAUCAGGAAAAAGCCAUGUGUUGUUUAGUUUCAAAAUCCUCUCCGAAGUUCACACACCUUGUGGCGGAACUACGUAAGACCGUUACAAUGCAAGACUACAUUUGACCAUGUUCAUUGCAAACAUGCUGCUGAAAAAACAAUCAGUCUUCUACAAAAAAAUAUAGAGAUAACAAUGUAUUUUUCUAAAUAAAUGGACACGUUAGGUCAACCAUUUAUAGUGCAAGUACAAUGUACAUGGGUAUGUUCUGAAUUUAGUUCGAUUUUUGCUCCACAGAGUGUGAUGCAUUUAAAGCUUUGUAUGAAAAUAAGGUGUUUUAUUGUGGAUCAUUUUCAGAAAAGUGGCAGAGGCAGUGUCUUUAUAUAGUAUCGCUUCUUUUUGAAAAUAUUAGGUUUGAGGCCUACUUCAAGGUGGAUGGAAGGUUUUCUGGCUUUGUGGGUUUUUGGCUCGUAUUAUAAGGGCCUUAUGUACAUAUACAUGGUAGUGGUUAGUGUGGUGAACCCAGAAUGGCUCAUAGGUUACAAUGUAUGUAUACACAUGUAGCAUCUUCCUUGUGGCGUAUUUUCAAAACCAACCCCAUUAAAUGGUGAUAUAUGGAAAUUUCACUAGGACUUGACUACCGAGUAGAUGUGUUUGUUUUAUUUUGCAACUGUUUAUUUAAAGCAAUACUUGACUUGCCAAACUCAGCUCGACGCCGAACUGCAGCGCCACUCGCGGACAAAGAUAGAACAACUCGACAUUUUUUUCACCGGUUUUCUCGCUGCGCAUGCGUACCAGCGGAAAUCAACAAAAGAUGACACUGGUACGCAUGUGCAGCAAGAAAACCGGUGAAAAAAAUGUCGAGUUGUUCUAUCUUUGUCCGCGAGUGGCGCUGCAGUUCGGCGUCGAGCUGAGAUUGGCAAGUCAAGUAUUCUACAUUUAUUUAAAACCAUUUGAAGCAAUCCUGGCAUAGAAAUGUACAGUGUAUCAAAAAAUAAAACCUUUGAAAUUGUAUGAGUGGUUUAUAGUGUGUGAGUAAUGUAAAAAUGUUCUGUUGUAAAAUUUACUCGAUUUAAAGACUCAAAUUGUUUCAUAUUUUUAUUUGCAAUAUUUUUGACCAAGUUUGUGAUGUUUUGAUAAGUUCUCUUUAUAAUUUCUAUGUUGUAAAAAUAACCUGAAGUCAAGAUCAUGAUAGACAGACCUUGACCUGAGGUGCAGUUUCCAUGGUAACUUGACUUCUGAUUUCUUUUCAAGAAUACCAGUUAGAGAUAUGUAGUUCAGCCUCGUCGCAUAUGAAAAAUUAAGCCAUAAUGUUUGUACUGUCAGAAUUGGAUUCAAUGUAAACCUACCCUUGUUAUUUUUGCUGUAGAAAUAUGACAACCAGCCUGGGAUCAGACUCAGAGCAUGAUCUUUGGCAUCCACCUCUUCUAUCAUUUCCAUGUUAAAUACUGCAUAAAUGAGAGGUUUUUGGAUUUAAUCACACACUCAAGGAAUGAAUACCUUGUCUAAUCAAGACUGCUGGUAAGAGCGAAAAUGCAGACCCCAACCCCAGGUGCCAGUCAAGCAUGGGUUUUCCUUCAAACCUUUUUUGAUUCAGGAUACUUCUUUCCCCUCUUAACACAUCUCUCGUUUAUGCAGUAGGUUCCAAUGUUAUUGUUCAUAGUAGAAAGCUUCUGCAGCUUGGGAAUAGGUUUAUGUGCCAUGCAACCCUGCCUCAUCGAGUUCAGUUAUUGAUGGAUAUUUCUGGAUAUGAUUGACAAUAUUAAACUAUCUGUACAAUCCAA